AUAAAUGUCUACAAUGUCCUCUUUCUAGUAGUUAUCAUCACAGCUCACAGUCCAGAUCAAACUCAGCCAUCACUUCUUACAACUCUUCAUUCUUUCCAACCACUUCUCUCUUUAAGAUCAACCGCCUAGAAAGCAAUCGUCAAAAUGCAGUUCUCUACCAUUAUGACCACUCUUUUCCUGGCUGCUGCCACCACGGUUGCCGCCAAGAAGCACUCGGAGCUCCACUGCAUCACCGCCAGUGGUAGCGGUCAGUUUAUCGUCGGCUUGCCCAAUAACAAUGUGACCAGAAAGACUUGCCCCGGUUUCUGUUCUGACUGCGUCCUCUCCAAUAGCGGCACCACCAUCACCUGCAAGUCUCCCGGCAAGCUGAUGGAGGGCGGCGACUUCUCCGACGCCUGCAUCAAGAAUGGCGGCUCCGGCAGUGAGUAAGGUAUCAUAGCAUACUUGGGAAGUGUUGUUCAUGGGCGGUUCCUAGAAACUUCUACCAGUCAUUCAUUACAUUCAACAUGAUCUCCGAGUUGUCAAAUAAUAGUACCAAACUCAAGUUUAGAUCAGAACAAAGAAACCGUUAGAAGUG